AUGAGGCACGUCUCGCGGUACUGCAGAGCGAUUACAAACCUCAGGCACUGUUGGAUAUAUUCCGAAGGCGUUAUGUGUCUCCGCUUCGAGGACGAAGCAAGCAAGAGAAGGUUCAUUGAACACUUUCGGUCCCUCAAGGAGUAUCCAUUCACUACGUACGAUAAGCAACGACGAAACUGGACAGCGUUGGCUCCAGCCUACACCCCUGUGCCGGAAAUACUCCCUCUCACAACCGAAUACAAUGCAAAGACGAGAGAUCCUGGUAAAGUUCUCGUUAUGCGAACCCCUCUCGGUCUUCCGCAGGCGACGGUCGGGCUCUUCAGAGCCUAUACGACGCCUGGAGCCUCGAUCCAGACAUGUAAAGUGUUUAGCUCUCUCUUUAUCACCAAUGACCUUUUUGUAGCGUGGACCCGGUUUUUGGCGCAUGAUAUUUGGGUCUAUGAGUACUAUAUCAAGUUUCCGACAGAAGCAUUAGCCCAAAAGGCUCUCGAGGAGAACUCUGGCAAGAGAGUUACGAUACCACAUCGAUACCUAUUACCAGCGGACAAAGUGCGUUACCCAUACGGGAAAAAGGUGCAUCUAUGGCUAGGGCAUACCGGUCUGACUGACCUGCCUCAUUAUGGCACCCACGAUACCAUGCUCAAGAAGUUUUUGGAUGAGUAG